AUGUCGCUCCUCCAAAUUGCUCGUAGAACGUCGCUGGCAGCGGCCACAUGCCGCCGAUACUCUAGCACAGUGUCCUCAGGGACGACGCCCGGCAGCGGCGACAGCGCAGCAGCGAAGAAACCAGGCCAGGCCGCCCCCAAAUCAUCAUGUCCACCAGAAACUGUUCUCAAAGGUCUUAAUUACCUCAAGGGCCAACCACCAGUACUAGCUUUGCCAGACGACCAAUACCCAGACUGGCUAUGGACUGUCUUGUCACCGAAGCAAUAUCCCGACGACGGUCCCGGAGGAAAGGCUGAACGUGUUGCACGGAAAAAGGAACGCCAGCAGGCCAUCAAGGACAGGAACUUUAUGUCUACACAGUAG